UUAACAGGUAAGAUGUUGAAAUAUAGAUGAAUUUUCUGUUAAGUUGGAAAACGUUUGUUAGACAACCUAUUAGAAGAGAGGCUGCCAUCACUGUCAAAGUUUACAGCACUGAUGUAUUUUCCAGCAUUUCUGUUGCUAAAUAGGCUGUGGUGUGUGAUAUUUGUUGUGUUCUCUGCUGCCAAUGCCAUACCAUUUUAAGUGUAUAUACCAUACAUUUUGCAUGAUGUUGCCUUUGUUAAGUUUAGAUCAUUUAGUCAGUAGCUUUAAGGAAACGAUCUUAUAUUUUAGAAGUUUGGACUCUCAGCUCUCAUCAACAUAAAUAGAACAAUUUUACAAAUGUCAUCAUAAUAUGUUAAUAGAAAUAGAUCCUUAAUUAUCAGUCAAGGGACACAGAAAGAUCUUGUUGUAAAUCUUGUUAUACUUGGCCCUGAUUGAUUGACACAAAUGCUUCAACAACUAAAUAUAAAUGUAACUGAGUAUAAAAUACAACAAAAUGCUUCUAUAUAAUGAAUAUGACGAUAAUUUGUCAAGAAAACAGAGUAUGAUCAUGUAGUGUACUUGAACAAAACAAGAUGAAAUGUGAUUAAAAAUAUCACUAAUCACGAAUACACAAACACAUUUCCCCACAGUGAGUUCGCAUUUACUGGAAGCAUUGCAUUUUGGGAGGUAAUGUCUGGGUGUAAUGUACAGGGCAUCAGGACGACCCAUUAGCAAAAGAGCUUUGUUUGAAAUGUGAUCGGCUACAGUCUGUCAUGAGUCAAUCAGCAUCCUCUGGGGACAUUUCUUCACCCUCUUCACACCCCUCACCCUCCUCACCCCUCACCCCUCUGUCCCAAACACACCUAUGACGGGAUGCUCUGUCAUCACCUGUUUAUGGGGCACCUAGCAACACAAAUAGUGGACACACAAGAUGACCAAUGAUUGAGACUUUGAAUCUUCUAAUUUCAAAUGAUAUUUUUACAAACAGAGAUUAAAUAAUAGGAAAAGGUUGACCUUUUGAUAGAGAAUAUUUCCAAAUAAUGUGUAUUUUUAUCAUGGCCCCAAAUGUAUUACUAUGGUGACAUUUUAAUUUAGUAAUAUCACUGUCAUCUACUAUAUAAGUAAUAAAAAAUAAGUGGUUGAAGCUCUACUAAACAUAGAGAAAUAGACUGAAUGUUGUGACAUUUUGUUUUAGCCAUAAAGUCACCUCAAAAUGAUCCUUAUGGAGAGAGAUGAAGUUCGAUGGGACAGAUGCUGCCUCACCAAAAUGUCAUCACUGCUCUAACACAAUAUGACCAUAUUUUUGUCUAAUUGUUGUUAUAGGUGCCUUGCUGAUGCUCUUAUUGUUGAUCAAACCCCAAAGUGUAUCCUCUUUCCCAUCAUGCCCUGCUUCAUGUGUGGUCUGUUCUGAGGAGGCUAUCAUCUGCCAAAGACUCACUUCAAUUAUUGCCGCUCCGCAGACAACUCAGGCUUUGCUGCUGACUGAGGGCUCCAUCUCCACAAUUCAACCGGGAGCUCUAUCGGACCUCAGUAACGUCACUGUCAUCAGUUUAAGCCACAACCGUAUCUCUGCUUUGGAUCUAAACUCCUUCAGAAACAUGCCUCUUCUCCAGACUUUACUAUUGGACCACAACCUUCUGACCCUCCAGGCUUUAGAAGGGGGAGCUCUGACUAAUCUGACCCAGCUAGAGGUCCUUGCACUGGGUAACAACCACAUCAACACGAUCAACGCUGACUUGUUCAAAGGCACAAGAGCUCUACGGAUUUUGAAAAUGGAGGGAAACCAGAUAACACGAUUGGAUUCUGGUUCUUUUCCACUGAUGGGUCUUCGUUUUUUGGAAAGUCUGGAUCUGUCUGAUAAUUUUAUUGAUUAUCUCGACAAAAACAGUUUCCGUGGUUUGAUUUCUCUAACAACAUUGGACUUAUCGAGGAACCGUCUCCAGAGCGCUCCCUAUGAGGCGUUCUCAUACCUGACGUGGUUGAACACUCUGAAUUUAGACCUGAACUUGUGGAACUGCUCCUGUCAGCUGCUGGAGCUGGCUACUUUCCUCUCCUCGUUCAUACAGGAGCCAGAUAAGACUUUGUAUAACGGGCGUAGGAUGGUGUGUGUCAGUGCUGAUAAUCCUGCAGUGACCACAGUUUUGGAGCUCACGGAGGCCAACUGUGUCCCAUCCAAUCAGAACAUCACAGUGAGAGUAGACACCAGGGGCAGCAUCACCCCUCAGCUCUACGUCCGGGAUCUCGCCAUCACUGGAGCAGUCUGCUUCGCUGGUGGUGUCGGUUUGACUUUGCUGAUAGUCUUGAUCUACUUUAAAAUUUCCAAGAAGAAGAAGAUACGAGAACAAAAAGACCAAGAAGAAGUCAAAGAAGAAGCAGGAAGCACAGUGUCCAACCACAAUAGAAACCAUAUUGAUCUGUCUGUAAAACGAAAGGACUUUAUUAAUGGGAAUGACACAAUGGACGCUCCUGUUGGACCUAGAACAGAAGGUAAUGGUGCUCAGUUUCGCUGUCCUGAAUGCAGAGGAGAUGAACAUGGCCAAAAUCCUGUCAGAUGGGAAAGAAUGAAUGGAAGAGUGGAAACUUUGGAUGACAGAGAGAGACAAAGGAUAAGAGUAGAAGAAGAUAGGAGAAGGACUGGCCCGCAGCAAAGAAUCAUGGGAAGGGAAGCAAUGAACAGGCAUUUAGUUGGUAAUAACAUUGACAUUGAAGAACAGAACAGACAGGAUUUGCUACAUUGUGGGAGCUGCCAUAGGACAUACAGGCCAAAUCAAAUGGACCAUAACGUAAGACAAACAAGAUUCCCUCCAAGAAGUACUUCAGUUAUGUACGGCUUCCAACAACAAAGACCUGGUGACUGGGGAAGGAACAACUUUGAUUUUGACUUGAGAAAUUUGAAAAGAGAAACUCGCAAUGUUACUUUUGCUUUGGACAGUCCAAGAAGAGGUCAAGGAGAUGACGGAGAAAGCGAGGAAAACACAUCUCCGAGACAGAAGGACGGACAGCAAGACAGGAGGAGCAAACUUCAAGCCAACAGGCCAAUUAAGGUUAAACUCAAUUUGAACCCUCUACGAAAAAGUAAAGUUCAUCCAAAAAAGAAAGAGGAUGAGAAAGGAAGUCCUAGAAAAAGUAAAGGCAAAAGUAACGACAAGGAUCGUCGAAAGAAGUCCAAAAAGUCUAAAGAUGAGAAGAAAGAAAAAAAGCCCAGUGAACAAAAUACAGGACAAGAAAUUGUAGCUCAAAUUAUCCCUCCAAAUCCGAUGGCACAUAUGCAAGGUUUCUUAGGGGCUCAGUUCCGGGGAGGGGGUAUGCUUUUGGGGAAUCGUACAACCAACCUACUUGGUUCAUCAGGACCUCAGUUACCUACCAGUAGUCUACCAUUCCAAGCAGGUAAUUUAAUGGCGCAAGGGAAGCCAAUGUUUCCAACAAGUGCUGUGGGCUCGAAUUUAAAUUUGAGCGGACCUAGUAUGGGUCCUAGUGGUACCCCUACAAUGGCACUCAUGAAUAGCCCGAAUCUAUCUUUAGCUGAUGCCAUACAGCUAAAUCAACCUAAUCUUAGUACUGGAUCUUUACAAGCUUCACCAGCUACUCUACAGGCAAACAUCACACAAGCUAGCACCACUACUUUACAGGCUAGUGCUAACACAUUUCCAUCUAAUGUUGUAGCUCUACAACCAAAUACAGUUGUGCAGUUUCGUAGCAGUAGUAGUAGUAGCACAAAACAAACCAGCUCUACCACUCUGCCUGCUAAUGCAACAUCUCAAACUAGCAGUACUGCAAAACAAACUAGUCCUACUACUUUGUCAGCCAAUUCUUCUUCGCAAAAUCUUCAAGCCCUUGCUACAUUAGCGCCUCCUUCUUCCUCAACCCCUUCAGAAGCCCAGUCCGGUUCAAAGUCAUCACCGAAAAGUUCACCAAGAGGAAAACCCAAGAGUGUCCAAGAACCAGUGCCACAAAGCAACAAUAAAACAAAUACAGGAACAUCAGAAACACCAUCAUCGCCACGUAAAGGAAGUCAAGUAUCAAACAUUACUGACAGUUCUCAAAAUGUGGUACUCCAAAAUACACCCACUGCAACAAUUGUUAAAAAUAUGUCAAAUGCAAGCUUGGCAGAGUCAGUACAUGGAGAAGCGAUGGGCAUUGUAACUCAAGAAGAGCUACAUACAGGGGGAAUAAUGGCUAUAGGUGGCACACAAGGAGCAGAUGUGUCCAUAUCAAAUGACCACCAUCCCACUGAGUCUAUGGACAACAUUGUAUCCACAACACUCAUCCAACAAGAAUACCUGUCUGAAGAUGAAGGCACUUCACCAAAAAGGAAACUAAGACUGGUGAUCCCAGAGAAAGCAACUAACAGACCUCUAACUGCACUGGAAAGGAAAAUACGAUGAUGUUUUAAUUGUUUUUCCAUCAACAAUCAAUCAUUAUUAAUCAUUAUUUCACUGUAGUGUGAUGUUCGGGGGAAGUGACACAUGGUUAAAUCUAAAAUAAUGUAACUCUAUGUUAAUAAGAACUACCUCUGAACCAUGCUAUUAUCUGGAUUGACAGACACAAACUGAAACAGGGAAUUGGGACACUGCAUUAAAGCUGAUACAUAUUGUGAUUGGUUAACAGAUAUAAUACAAUUAGAAAGUGUCAUUUUUACUGAAAUGUUAACAAAAUAUUUUUCCAUACAACUUCCUGUUAUAGGUUUCCAAUUGAGAGCAUUUCACUACAUAUUAUAUUUUGGCAACGGUCGCCAUUUUUCAUCUUUCUAAAACUCAUGGAUAUUGGCACAACAAACAAAAAUACACAGCAGGAUUUAGUUACUGUAUGAUGUUCAAUGUUCAUGUUCACAGUGUAACCUAUAUUUUAAAAUACAAAUGUAAUUAUAGUACAGUAAUACAUAAUAUUUUCAUUGUUCCAGGUAUGACUUUGAGCAGUAAUGAACCUAAACAGACAGUGACUUUGACCUGCUCACUGAGCUGUUGUAUUGAGUUUCUGUCUUGGCAUCGGGAUGGAUAUUCGCAGUGUGUUGGGUUACAGCUGUCUCCCUCUAAAUGCAUCUACUGUGGGUUCGACUUACACUUAACAAACCUUUAUUGAACGACUUUAUUCACUGAUUGCACAGGACUUGUCAAUACUGUGUUACAAAUCAUGUGCAUUUUCAUAAUAUGUUGCAGAAAUCAAUUAAGUAUGGAUAAAAUGCAUGUUUGAUCUUGUAAAAAUCAUUUUCACCUUGUAUAUACGUGGUACUUUUUACAUGUAUGUAUUUAUUUAUAGUUUUGUGUAUUGUUGUCUAUUUUUCUAUGGCUGUAAAGUUCAUUUAUACCAUGUUUUUCAAAACAGAUUAAACUGUAAUGUCACUGAAA